CUCCAUCCAUCAAUCCACCCAUCAUGCCCGAUCUCAAAUCCUACUACCACGACUUCCCCCAACGACGCACUCCGCAAUCCCCACGCCCCAAAUCCCGCGCCCAAAACCUCGCCUCCACCACCACCACCAAGUCCCGGUCUCGCUCCCAAUCGCCCGCCGCCUCCUACAACCGCUGCUGGGACUGGAUCGUCGUCGGCGGCAACUGCCACUACGCCAAGAACCGCGCCUCGUUCCGCACCUACCGCCGCGCGCCGGGCAAGAUCGGCGGCAACAAGGUGCUGGGCGUCGGCACCGUCGAGCUGCAGGUCCGACGGGGCUCCGGCGACGAGCGCACCAACACCCUGGUCCUGCAGGAUGUGCUGCACCUGCCGAACGCGCGCUGCAACGGGCUGAGCGUCUCCAAGUAUCGCGAGGCGAAUCCGCUGUCCGCCGUGGAGACCGAGAAGGAGCAUUUCCAGGCGACGAGCGACGUCGAUGGCGAGCCGCUGUGGUGUGCCGAUGAGUACUGUGGACUGUCGAGAGUGGUGCUGGCGGGGAGUCCCAAGGGGCAGUCGUAUCUGCGGGAUGGGCAGGUGUAUAUGCUGAGCGUGAUUGCGUCGUCGGAUGAGCUGGAUAGAUUGAGUAGGAAGUUGAGAGAUUCGGACUGGACGGUUCAUUCAUGAUAUUCAUGAUGUCUAGAGGCGUUGGUGGUUUCUUGCUGUGCUUUUCAAAAGAUACGAUGUCAUGCUUGGAUGGGUGUUCACGAAUAAUAUAGAUGACC